UCCAGGGAGGUUGGUCCAGCCUCCACUGCUCACGUCGUUGUUGUUUUUCUGUUUACAACAGUUAAAAUGAAAAUCAACUCAUAUGAACCCGGAAGUUCGUUUCAGCUGCAAACAAUCAUUUAAGGAGGACUGAGGGUCUGAGCCUCAUUCACAGUGUAGUGAACGGUAGUGAAUGGACUCCUUCACCGUCUGUGUGUCCGUCCGUCCGGACUGUGAUCCAGUCCCGGCCACAGCUGCUCCACCGGCUCUGGACCGGCCGUGAACGGGGUUCGUUCAUAUCUGUCUUCCUUAAUGAUUUGUGACGUCACAGUAGUGGGGCGUUGUGGGUGUAUGUGUGAGAGAGAACAGAGAGAGAGAGAGGGAGAGAGAGAAACAGAGAGAGUGCAGUGCGCAUGUGCAGACAGGGUGCCGUGUGGCGGUGGAGAACAGGAGACUCACAACUGAAGAGAUGGCGCGGCACCAGACAGGAGUGCAGGGACAGCUGGUCAGCGGCGGGGGGGGGGCUUGAAUUAUAACGAUAACAACAACAAAAAAACAUUUUUAAAAAACAUAAAUACAUGUUUGAAAUUCUACAGGAAAAGGUGGACGUUCAGAGCAGAGUUUUUAAUCCUGCAACAGUGUCAGAGUUACAGAGAGAAUAAUCAAAUACAGGUGAAGAUGGACAGAGGCUGCUGCUGCUGCUGCUGCUGCUGCUGCUGCUGCUGCUGCUGCUGCUGCGAGGAGAACAUUAGAACUUUCCUGCACCUGAGGACCUGUGGACACCAGCUCACUGCAGCCAGUCACAUAGAUGGUUGGUCCACAGCGCUGCCCGGAUCAUGAACGCGCAUCUGUCGAUGGAGAACAUUGGCGACCUGCACGGAGUGAGCCAUGAGUCCGUGACCGGCCACGGAGAUCUACUGAGUGGACACAGUCCGCACUCCCGCCCGAGCCCCCGGGGUCUCGGCCACCGCGCUAUGGGCAUGGCGACCCUUCUGGACAGCGGAGACUAUCACCCCGGCCACCCCGGCCACCCCGGACACCUGCACCCCGCCAUCAGCAUGUGUGAAGCCCCUCCGGGCAUGAGUGCGAGCAGCACUUACACCACCUUGACCCCCCUGCAGCCCCUACCGCCCAUCUCCACCGUGUCCGACAAGUUUCCUCCCCAUCACCACCAUCACCACCAUCCCCAUCAUCCGCACCCUCAUCCGCACCAGAGGAUCCCGGGAAACGUCAGCGGCAGCUUCACUCUGAUGCGGGAGGACCGGAGUCUGGCGCCCAUGAACAGUCUGUAUCCCGCGUAUCAUCACAAAGACCCCUGCAUGGGCCAGAGUCUGUCCCCGCUGUCUGGUUCGGGUCUGGCCAGCAUACACACCACGCAGGCCGGCAUCCCUCCUUACGCUCACCCCGGCGCUGCCAUGCCCGGUGAGAAGAUGCUCACCCCCAGUGGGUUCGAGGCUCACCACCCGGCUAUGCUCGGCAGACACACGGAGCAGCACAUGAGCUCCUCGGGCAUGGUACAAAUCAACGGCCUGCACCACCACCCGCACGCCCACCUCGGCGCGCAGGGGCACGGCCAGGGGCUGGGGAACGGUCGGGAGCAGGCCUCCGGGCCGGGACAGCAGGGGGGCGGAGGAGGCGGCGUCUCAGGAGGACAGAUGGAGGAGGUGAAUACCAAAGAGGUGGCGCAGAGGAUCACGACGGAGCUGAAGCGCUACAGCAUCCCUCAGGCCAUCUUUGCCCAGCGGGUCCUCUGUAGGUCCCAGGGGACCCUGUCAGACCUGCUGAGGAACCCCAAACCCUGGUCCAAGCUCAAGUCCGGCAGAGAGACGUUCCGCCGGAUGUGGAAGUGGCUGCAGGAGCCUGAGUUCCAACGCAUGAGUGCUCUCAGGCUCGCAGGUGAGCGAAGCCUCGCAUGUAAGCGUAAGGAACAGGAUCACGGCAGAAACGAUCGAGGAAACGUGAGCAAGAAGCCCCGGCUGGUGUUCACGGACGUGCAGCGACGGACACUUCACGCCAUCUUCAAGGAGAACAAGCGUCCGUCGAAGGAGCUGCAGAUUACCAUCGCCCAGCAGCUGGGCCUGGAGCUGGCUACUGUCAGCAACUUCUUCAUGAACGCACGCCGGCGGAGUCUUGACAAGUGGGUGGACGACGGCUCCGGUCACCCGGUCAACUCUAACGCCUGCACCAAAGCCUGAAGAUGGACCGAGCUAACCAACUCAUGGACUCAACAUCGGUGGAAAAGCUUUAAAUUUUAGGAGAAACAAAGAUAAACUUUUUAAAACAAAGACCUGGAAGCAACAUGUUGCCCUUAAACCUGUACUAUAGGAAUAUUUAUAGUAUCCAAAGAUGAAAAAACAACCAAAGACUUCUCGUUUGACCUGCUUUGAAAUGAAGUGUUUGUUUGUGCAACAAACUUCUGUGUAACAAACUGCAAACAGACAGUAACGUCACACACCCUCUCACACACACUCACUCUAACUGGUCGAUAGCUUUAUUACUCCUUUACCCACCUCCCCGCCAGGUAUCAGCCUAUCGUUUGCCAUCCUUAUCUUUAAUCUGAUUGGUUGGUUUAACGAUGGAGGUCUAAUCAGCCUACUGACUGUCCACAGCCUUUAAAAACAGCCAGAAUGUGGAGCUCUGGUGGGAUUGGUCAAUCAACUUCAGAAGAAAAACAUAAUCCUACAGGAGUGACGGACGUGUUGGAGUCGGAGGUGGUGGACUGUCUGUCUGUCUGACUGUCUUUGUGUCUAAGUUUCUGUCUGUCCCUCUAUCAAACAUUCCAGACAGACAGGGUUGUGUCCAAUCCCCCCCCCCCCCCCCCCCCCCCCAAAGGUUGGACUCACCUGGUAGUGCUUUCUUCCCACAUGCUGACGUGUUGAAUAAUUCGAAACCUAGAAAAACCAAAGCCUCUACACAGUUCAAAUAUAACCACAGAAAUGCCAUAACGUUUUCAGACCAAAGAGUUUAUUUCAUGGUGGAAAAUCCUGAAACUGAUUUGACCUCGUUUUCUUUCCUUUAUCUUGAAACAGACUGUUAUUGAAGAGCCUUUAAAGAAGAGAACGAUGCUGUUGUUCUCACCUUUACGUUCCCUACGUUAGAUCCUGAUGUGAAAAAAAAUAAUCCUUGACAUUGAUCUUGUGAUGUCUUUUUGAAAUCAUCAACUAAAUAAUUACAGUCAGAAUUCUCUCUGAACGUCAGUGCCAGCAGCUGACAAAAAAGAUCCAGUGCUGAUGUCCUUCAGCUCUUCUCUGGACAGUAUUAUCCUAAAUAAUAAUAGUUCAAUCAUUCAGUUAUGAUUUGAUCUCCUCGUCACAGAUGUGAGAUUAAAGUUAGUGUGUAAUGAUCAAAUCACUUCCAUGUGCUGACGCAGCAAUGUCAGUUUAUCAUCUGGAUACAAAAGCACUCCUCACCUUCCUGUUUCCAACCCCCAGACACUUGUCCUCUCAGGACGCCACUUUCCUGUGCAUUCAGGCAUCAGGAGGAAAGCACUGCCCAGGCCCGGCUCAGGUCGGCUCAGUCUCAGAAACACAGAGCUGGCCUCCUGCCAUCACUGAACGAGAGAUCUGAGGGAGGAAGAGAGACUGGCUCCAUCAUCUCAGAAGGACAAACCAAAAAGACCACAAGAACCCAAAGAAACACGUUGAGACCUGUUGACCUUUUAUAGUGUGAACCAAAGAUGCUACCUCACUCAAGUUCCAUGUUUGUGAUUUUCUAUCACGUUGAUGAUACCAAAGACAAGUGAAGAACACUUCUGGUUGCACGGCCUUUAUGAUUGGUGUUAUAAAGAUGUUAUAUGUCGUCCCCCCCCCCAUCCCUUGUAUCCUCCCCCCCUCUCCCUCUUCUCUCCCCCUCCCAUCUGCACUUGCGUCCCAUGCGUCUCCUCCGUGCGCGGCCCUGCUUCGUCCGUGCUCAGAUUACAGCUCCGUAGACCGUCGUGCUGACGCAGCAGGUUGACUCGACUGUCCGUGCAGGGUGAAGUUAUCAUCAGUGUGACCAACUGAAAAUCACACAUUUAAAAUGCAAUAGACGUCACUGUUGUCACCAAAACGUUUGGCCUUCAGUUAUUUAAAUCUUUGAAUUUGAAAACAGACACCUGCUCGAUCGUCAUGUUUUUACCACGGCCCCUGUGUGUGUACCAUUGAUCCAGGAAAUAAGACACCUUUUCACAUGACAACAGGCAGAACAACUGACAUAGCCAUGGGCAGAAUCCACUCGACUACGUACAGGCAGACAUGUCCCUGAAAGUAGAAGCAGACAUGUUGCAAUCCUUCUAAAUCUCCCAGGACGAGUGCCUUGCUUGAACCAAAGUGUUAAACCACUCUUGACCUCUCACCUCUGACUCUGUGAAUACCUCAGCCUGAAGGAAGGCCACUACGAAAGAAACUAGAAAAAGGUUUUUUUAAUCACACCGUGGUGCUUUCGCCAGCAAACCAUGCAAUGAAAACGUACCAAAGGAAUUUCUGUUUU